CACAAUAUACUCGAACAAAUAUUAUUAGAUCUUUUAUGGCUCCUGCUCCUGCUAGCGAAACGCAUAAGUGGUGCUUGGAUUCGCUGGAGAAAUUUACGGGAUAUGCUACCAGUAAUGAUGUCGUGAACUAUAUUCUCUCAAUAACCGAUGAAGAAGAGCUGAGGGACUUUUUAAAUGGUAUUCUUGCGCCUCUGAAUGCCGAAAAGCGAUCAUUUAUGGACGAACUUGUGAAAAAGAUUAAUUUUUCUCACCGUCAAAAGCAGCAAGACGCUGGACUCAGUGUUGAGUCUUAUCGAUUAUAUCAAAAACCUCAGAUAGUCGAGGAAACUUUUGAUAAACAGAAAAACAAAAAGAGUACGAGAAAUAAAAGGAACCAACAAGAUGCGAGACAAAUUGAUUCUAAUCGAGCUGAAGAUGAGCUCGUUCAAAAAGAACCGAACAAAGGACCUAAAUAUGUGCCUCUUUUUGAUCCAAGUGGGAAACAAAGUGUUAUUUUGCUCCCUGGACGACACGAAUGCGACUGCCAAGCAACGAGGCACAAGUUAAUCAGAAACUGUCUUUCUUGUGGGAGAAUUGUUUGCGAGCAAGAACGGGCGGGUCCUUGUUUGUUUUGUGGAGACUUUGUGGCAACCAGAGAAGAAAUGGAAGUGAUGAAACGAGUUUCACAAAAAGGCAAAAAGAUAUACGAAAAAAUAAUGCGCGUUCAUAACACCUAUCUGCAAAGCCAAGAUUUUGACCCAGUUAGUCCCGAGUUGCCAGAAACUGGACCGCCAAUUGGUGGUUUCAGAAAAGAUUCAAGGAUCGGUGUAAAUCCAAAACAGUCCGAAACAUUGCAAUCCAUUACAGCUUCUCUUCGAGAUACGAGAUUAGACCAGGAAGAUGAGAAAUCUCUCAGUCAAGAAAGCAAAGCAGUGGAUUUUAAAAACAGAUUGCUGAAUUAUGACCGAACAUCUUCAAAACGAACACAAGUAAUCGACGAUGAAAGCGAUUAUUUUGGGGCAGAUUUAUGGCAGUCGCCUGAAGAAAGAAUUCGGUUACAAGAACAGGAAAAGAGGCUUCGUGAACAGAAAAAGAUAGACGAGAGGAAGCGUACCGUUACCAUAGAUGUCAUGGGAAAGAAAGUUUUGGAAUCUGUGAACAACCUAUCUGUUUACGAGCGUGCAAAAAUGGAAGACGAGGCAUCGAAAAUUGCCAAAAAAUCAUUUGAAGCUCGUGAAUCUCAGUUACUGUCAGCUAGCUCAUUUCCAAUAGUUGAUUCCAGAGGAUGCAUCCAAGCGCCAACAUUUGUGCAGACGGAAUUCAGUGAUGACACUUUGAAACAAAACUAUCUACAAGCGGCGAAAGACAAUCUGUCCAAAGGCCUGAAACUUCAGGAUAGCUUCUUGCAAGAAAUGACAGAUCAAGGACUGUGUCUGUCAAUGCACCAGCCGUGGGCGUCUCUGUUAGUAGCCGGAAUCAAGAGAUUCGAAGGAAGAGACUGGUACACUACACACAGAGGCAGACUGUGGAUUGCAUCUACUGCCAAAGCAUGUCCACGUGAAGAGAUUGAUCAACUGGAACAGACGUAUAAGAUACUGAGGAAUGAUGACCAGAUAACUUUCCCCGUUGACUACCCCACUGGAUGUCUACUGGGCUGUGUGGAUGUCAUAGAUUGUCUCACUCAAGAACAAUACAUGCAACAGUUCUCCUUCUCCUCAGAGAGUGGUAUAGAAUGCAGCGAUUCUUCCUACGUGUGGGUGUGUGAGAAUCCACACGAACUCCACUUCAAAUUCCCUGUGAUUGGACAGCCCAAAAUAUGGAAGCUGGAGGCGGAGAAACACAAAGCGGCCAAGAAAACUUUAAAGUUUUAAAGUUACGAUGGGAAUUACUGAUAAUAUGGACGCAGUUAUUUCAAUUUGUUGAAUACUUUUGAAGAAAUCUGGGUCAUAUCAAAAAACGGCAAUAAAACGGGUGAUGCUCUGACCUAACGAGAAAUUUAUGUUGCCGGAAAAUCCAAUCCAAAUUAUUCUGUCUGUCCAAUCCAAAUCAUUCUCGGUUAAUUAAGAGUCGAUGAACGUAGUUUAGACUCUUACAUAGGUAUCGAUGAUUUUUUUUUUCGUUUUUUUAGGAACAAUCUUCAAACUUGUUCAGGCUCAAAUUUUCUCAUGAAUUUUUCCCUAAAAGCCUCAAAAGGAAGGCAAACUCCACUAUCCAACAGCGAAAGUGUAAAGGUUACGAUAAACGUGAUCGAUUUCUACUUUCUAAAGUGGAGUUUAAUUAUUGAACUUCCCUUCAAAAUGUAAAUUUUACCUAUUGAUCCAGUUUUCUCAAAUUGGGUUAAUUUUAUCAAAAA